UCAGUUUCACAGCCACCCCCAAAUCACGAGUCAUCCCCAAAACGCAGACACUGUGUGAGCGAGGGAUUGGAAAAGAGGAAAAAAAAAUGCCGAAAUUCGACCCAUGGCCGGUGUUCUUCAAGCGGGAAUGGAACAGGAACUGGCCUUUCCUCGUUGGCUUUGCCAUCACCGGAACAAUCAUCACCAAGUUAACUCUUGGCCUCACUGAGGAAGAUGCCAAGAAUUCGCCUUUCGUCCAGCGACACAAGAGGUGAUUUGCGAAUGCUGGUAUUGGUGUCAUCCCUGCAAAUUGGACAUGGUGGAAUUAGAGUUUUUAUGGCUUAUAAUAACAGAAAGAGAGAUUUUCUUGGAACUCUUUUGGUUUUCUUAUGCUGUUGACUUGAGAGUUUUCAUUAAGGAAUAAAUACUUUUGUUCAUGUUUUAUGUCAUGCCAUGCAGUUGAUGGUCUUGUCAAUAAUAAAUCAAAACCGAAUUUUGAGGAUGUCUU